AUGUUGGCCCAGAUUCACAUCAAUAUGGAGGCACUCCGGACACGCGAUAGGAUGGAAGUUGACGUCCGGCAAGAUGACCUGGAGCGUCACAUUGAAGUCGCCGAAGGAUCGGAUGCUGCCAUGACCGUGCAGAUCGACCGGAUACAGGGGGGAUUUGUGAGGUAUAUGAGGGGGGAUAGUGCAUUCGGUCGCACGUUGACCAACGAUGUCUUCACUCCGGAUGCAUCUUGGAUGAGCGCCCAGACCGGUGGUGAUCUCAUUGGCAUUGAAGAUGGCUCACCGGUCGCAAGACAAACAUGGGUGCCAUCCACUUCCACCAUCAACCCGGCACUCACCACGACAGUAUCCGGCCCAUCUGUUCCUCCGGGUGAUGCACCACCAGUACCACCUCUCAUUCUCCCGGUGGGGUCCAUGCCUUCACCUGGCACCCUUCACGCAUUGAUCACCGGAGGGCCAUCAAAUGUGCUGGACAAUGGUCAGUCCACCUUGGCUCCUUUGCCACGCCAAUGA